UCUCCUGCUCUCUCUCUCUCUCUCUCUCUCUCUCUCCCUCUCCAAGUGUCUGAGCUAGGGUGUCGCUUGCGGUGGAACCCUCUUCCGCCGACCUAUGCUCUUUUGUCCAUGAUUGUGCUCCUUGUUUGUCGCUUUGUUCUGUUGCGAUGGAUUAGGCGAGGCGGUCGGAGAAUUGAUUUGCUGGCGAUUUGGAGGAAAGUUCACAUUUUUUGAAUCGGAAGACUUGUUGUUUAGCUGGAGAAAUGGAUUGAGAGCUGAACUGGGGUUCUGGCGGCGUUUUGGAUCGGUCGCGCUGCGAGAGAUGCGGUUGCAGCUUUUCGGUACUGCGGAUUUACCUUUUUCCGGGUGGGAAUCGGUCUAUGAUCUUUGAACCUAUUGCGAAAAUUCCAGCAGAAAUCUUAUAAAUGGAAGAAUCGAGCUCCCUCCGGGGGAAAAGAUUGUGGUGGUGUCUUUGGUGGGACAGAGUGCUUAAAGGUCGGCUUUUGUGCAGGAACCUCAAUGGAUAUGGGUCCUGGUACGGAUGGUUUCGCCACUGCGGAUUGUGGAUGGAGUGGGAGCCCGAUUCCUUGUGAUCCUUUUGCCCUCUCGGAGCUCGUCAAUUUUGAUGGUUAUAUUGAAUCCUGCAGUCCUGCUACGAUUGUGGACCAGAUUUUUACUAUGAGCUUUUCGAUUGUUCAACAAACGCCUGGUGUGUGGGCUUCCCCCGCGCAAGAUAUCAUUGCUGGAGACACUAGCGUUGCAGCUGGUACUUACUACAGCUGCGGGGAGAAGAUGGCUUCACAAAAAGCUAAUUUGCUGUUGGAGCUGCCGUCGCAUCGCCCUGGGAUGGAUAUUGCAAGUAGGAAGAUUGGUUGCUUUGAUUUUGAUGACAUAUCGAAUCAAGGGAACUCCACUGUUCCUAGACCUUUCGGAGGGGUAUCUCUUCCAGACAGGAUGCUUAGGGCACUGUCCUUGCUCAAGGAAUCAUCAUGUGGUGGUGCAAUUCUCGCCCAGGUCUGGAUGCCCAUUAGACAGGGCAACCAUUAUGUAUUAAGCACCUCCGAACAGCCCUUUCUCUGCGACCAAAAUCUUGCUGGAUACCGUGAAGUUUCAAGGCAUUUCACUUUUUCUACCAAGGAUGCACCUGGUUUGUUUUUGGAGCUUCCUGGGCGUGUAUUUAUCAGUGGAAGACCAGAGUGGACCUCAAAUGUCAUCUAUUACAAUAGAUUUGAGUACUUGAGAGUGGACUAUGCAGUCAUUCAUGAUGUCCGUGGAUCGCUCGCGGUGCCUAUUUUUGAUCCUGAUGGAUGUUCCUGUCAUGCAGUACUUGAGCUUGUUACAACGAUUGAAAAACCAAACUUUGAUACAGAGAUGGAAAGUGUUUCCAAGGCUUUGCAGGCUGUGAACUUGAGGAGCAUAAAAGCACAGGCUCAUCAACAGAGCUUCACAAAGAGUCAGAUAUCUAUAUUUUCGGAGAUACAUGAUGUUUCGAGAGUUAUUUGCCAUGCACACAUGUUGCCACUUGCAAUUACAUGGAUACCCAUUUGGUGUGAUGAUGGUGCAAUAUACGAAGCCAAAUUCGAGAAAGAUGACAUAGGGGUGAUGAAGCCAACUUCAAGGAGGACUAUCCUCUGCAUCCAAAAGUUGGCUUGCUACGUUAAUGAUAGACAAAUGAAGGAUUUUCUUCAUGCAUGUGCUGAACAUCACCUCGAGAAAGGACAAGGUGUUGCUGGGAAAGCACUCCGAUCAAACUAUCCAUUCUUCUCCCCUGAUGUAAGAGUAUAUGAUAUACGUGAAUAUCCACUUGCACACCAUGCCCGUAGGUUUGACCUUCGUGCUGCAGUUGCAUUUAGGCUGAAGAGCACAUACACUGGAAAUGAUGAUUACAUCGUAGAGUUCUUUCUGCCAAUCAAUUGCAGAGGCAUUGAAGAGCAACAGCUCUUGCUAAGUUACCUCUCAAGUACCAUGCGAAGAAUUCAUGGGAGCUUGAGAACUGUCCUGGAUGCUGAAAUAGGUGGGUCGGAGAUCAUGAGAGUAGGCAAUCAUAACGAAGCAUCCUUAGGUUCCUCAUCAACUGCCUUCUCAAUGAAAUCCUCUCAAUUGAUGGACGGCAACAGUGAAACAACUGCUGAAAUGCAUUUUGGUGUUCAGAAUAUGGAGUCUAAUGAACAAAGUGCAGGUGCUCAUCAUGAGCAGUUAAAGUCCAUCUCAAUGAAACAUAUGGAGAAAAAACGCAGCACAGCUGAGAAGAAUAUUAGCUUCAGUGUUCUUCAGCGUUAUUUUUCUGGAAGUCUGAAGGAUGCUGCAAACAGUAUUGGUGUUUGUCCGACAACAUUGAAAAGGGCAUGCAGACAAUAUGGAAUUUUGAGAUGGCCAUCCCGCAAAAUAAAAAAGGUCAAUCGCUCACUGCAAAAGAUCCAGAAAGUGAUAAGGUCUGUACAAGGAGUUGAUGGAGCACUAAAAUAUGAUCCUUCUACUAGGUGCCUUGUUGCAUCCGUCUCCCCGCCAGAAAACCCACCAUUGAUAUCCUCAGAGCCAAAAGGUCAAGAUCUUAUGCCUGCUUCUUCUUCACACGACAGCGAAACAAAUCACUCCAUUGGGAAGGUGGAGCAAGAUUGUUUUUUCCAUGGCAGAAACCUAAGGGGGACCAUGUUAAAAUGUGAAACAAAUAAACUUGGUAUCCCUUCGAAUGACUGUCAUAGAGACUUUACUUCUGAUGGAGGUCUGUUACCAUAUGCUAACAUGCAAGGUGCGUUGAGCUGGCCAUCGUAUUCAAAAGAUGCUUCAGACAGUUCAUAUAAUUCAAAAGAAGCAGUCUGUCAAGGUAGCAAAGAUGGCUUAAGUUUCAUGACCAAUGAAUGUCAGAUUAUGUCAAGAAACUUUAGUUUUGUAGCAUUGCAUCAAAUGGCAAUGGAAGUAGAGUGUAAUGAUGGAAUCAUAGAACACAGUCAUCCUUCUUCCGGUAUGACAGAUUCAUCUAACGGCCGUGCAUUGAAUCACCCUAGUUUUGAGAAAAGCAAGGCAUUGAUCUCCCAAAUAGGCCCAUUGAUUACAGUGAAGGCUACAUACAAUGGUGACACUGUUCGAUUCAAGUUCUUGCUGUCCAUGGGUAGCCACCACCUGUUUGAGGAAAUUGAAAGGAGAUUCAAACUGCUGGCAGGAACAUUCCAGCUCGAGCAUAUGGACAAUGAUGAAGAGUGGGUUCUGUUGGUGAAUGACUCUGAUCUGCAGGAGUGCAUCAAUGUACCAAAUAAUAUUGGAUCGAAGACGGUGAAGCUUCAAGUCCGAGAUGUCCCUUGUAACAUCGGCAGCUCGGCCAGUAGUAACUGCCUAAGGCCCAUGAAGCCUUGAAGAGGAGAGUUAACUGAUGCCUCAUUAGUCUGUGAAUUGGUUAGGCUAUAUCAUUUUGGUUGUGGGUAAUCAACAUAGGAAUCUUAUCUUAAGGGAUGCCAGUAUGUCUCUCGUAUUACCAUGUUUACAUAUUCUAAAUGUAAAAUGGAUAUGAAUGAUUCAGUUAGUAAAGGUGCGGAGGAGCUUUCUUCUAUAUAGUA